AUGAAGACCCUCAUCUUGUUAGCGGCCGUAUGCGCCGUCGGGCUCAGCAUGGUUCGCGUCCCCAUGGAGAAACGCGGUGCCCUUAAGCGGCCAAACCUAAAGGCUAUCAGCCAACGUCUUCGCAGCCGUCACGACAAGACUUACCAACUCGUCCAGAAGGACGCUUACCAAGAGGGUCUCUCCGAUUAUGAGAAUGCCCAGUACUACGGCUCCGUCACCAUCGGAACCCCUGCCCAGAACUUUGCUAUCCUUUUCGACACUGGCUCCUCCAACCUGUGGGUGCCAUGCGCCGACUGCAAGAUCAGCAACAUUGCCUGCAUGCUUCACAAGAAGUUCGACUGCAAGAAGUCGAGCACCUGCACCGCCACUGGAGCUCCGUUCGAGAUCCAGUACGGCAGUGGCUCUAUGGCCGGAGUUGUCGACAACGACGUUGUUUGCUUCGGAGGCCUGAGCAGCGGCUUCUGCACUGACAAGACCCAAGGCUUCGCCUGCGCCGAGACCGAGCCCGGAAUCUCGUUCGUUGCCGCCAAGUUCGACGGUAUCCUCGGUAUGGGCUGGGACUCGAUCUCCGUCAACAAGAUCCCGCAGCCAAUGGACCAGAUCUUCGCCAACAGCGGCAUCUGCCCCCAGCAGCUGUUCGCCUUCUGGCUGAACCGUGACCUCGACGACAACGCCAACGGCGGAGAGAUGACCCUCUGCGGAACCGACACCGCCCACUACUCUGGCAACAUCGCCUGGGAGCCGCUGAUCGCCGAGGACUACUGGCGCAUCCAGCUGGACUCGAUGAGCAUCAAGGGUAAGCAGGUCGCCACCAAGAUCGCCGCCAUCGUCGACACCGGUACCUCGCUCUUGGCUGGACCCACUGACGCCGUCAAGGAGAUCCAAAAGCAAAUCGGAGCCUUCUCGCUCGGCAACGGCGAGUACAUGGUCGACUGCAACCUGAUCCCCCUCCUCCCCAAGGUCACCUUCACCCUUGGAGGACAAGACUUUGUCCUCGAGGGCAAGGACUACGUCCUCAAGAUCACUGAGCAGGGAGAAUCCGUGUGCCUCUCCGGCUUCAUGGGCAUCGACAUCCCGGCCCCGAACGGACCUCUCUGGAUCCUUGGAGAUGUCUUCAUCGGCCGUUUCUACUCCGUCUUCGACCGACAGAACAUGCGCGUCGGAUUCGCCCAGUCCAAGAAACAA